AUGGAGGCGAUCUUGAAGUCGAUGCGGGAGGAUUUCAAGAGCCUCGAGGACGAGCUCCCUAAGAAGGACCCUGAGUACGAGGGGGUGGUGGAAUCGCUUGAGAAGCUGCGCCACCCGCUCUCCUACAGCUGGGGUGUUGUCAGUCACUUGAACAACGUGAAAAACUCUGAUGCGCUGCGCGAAGUCCACCAAGCAGUCCAGCCGGAGGUGGUCAAGGCGUCCAUGGAACUCUCGCAGAGCCGCGUGGUCUUCGAUGCCCUGGGCAGCUUGGAGAAGAGUGCUCUUCCCGAGUCCCGGCAGCGCAUUGUGGAAUCGGCUCUGCGCGACAUGAGACUGAGCGGCGUGGACCUCGAGGGGAGUGCGAAGGAAGAGUUCAAUACUAUGGCACUGCGCCUCUCCGAACUCGGUUUCUUUUCCUCUGAUGGUCGAAUAGCAUUUAAUAAAAGCUCGAACUCGCGGCGUUUGAAAGCCGUUUCGCCAGGCGCCAUGGUCGUCGACGGCGUCGACGCCGCGAGUACAGUGUGGAUGUUAAUUGCCAUGGCCUUGGUUAUGCUAAUGACACCGGGCUUGGCAUUUUUCUAUGGUGGUCUGGUGAAGGAGACCAGCGUGUUGACGAUGAUGAUGCAGAAUUACGUUUCCAUGGGAGUUGCCAUGAUCGUCUGGUUCGCCUUCGGCUUCUCCAUGUGUUUUGCCGAGAGCUGGGGCUUCAUCGGCAAUCCCUGGACACACUUCGGAUUCCGCAAUCUGAGCGUGAGAGAGGCGCUGCCCGGGCAGGUUAUUCCAAGCGAACUCUUCGCGGCCUACCAAGGUAUGUUCGCGAUUAUCACUCCUGCUUUGAUGACGGGUUCAUUUGCGGAUCGAAUGCGCGUCAAGCCUUAUCUUAUUUUCUUGUGUCUGUGGCUAGUGUUGGUGUACUUCCCAUGGGUCCACUGGAUCUGGGGUGGUGGCUGGCUUGCGCAGUGGGGCGUUGUCGACUUUGCAGGAGGUAUCGUCGUCCACGUUACAGCAGGCUUCUCUGCACUCGCGAGUUUGAGAGUGAUCGGGCAUCGUGAGAUCGCGGACGAGGAGAAGCACAUCCACAAUACUCCACACAAUAUUCCGUUCGUGGCCUUGGGCACAGCCUUGCUUUGGUUUGGAUGGUUUGGAUUCAAUGGAGGUUCGGCAGGCGCGGCCAACGGUGUCGCGAUAGGAGCUGCGGUGAACUCUCAGAUCUCGGCGUCUGUUGCGCUUUUUCUUUGGCUGAUCAUCGAAUGGAUUCGAUUCGGCAAGCCGUCGCUUGUUGGAAUCUGCGUUGGGGCCAUUGCUGGGUUUGCAACGAUUACCCCAGCAGCCGGCUACGUCCAGCCAUGGGGGGCGUUCGUGUUGGGCGUCAUCGCGACAUUCUUCUGCUACGCCUGUACUGAGCUGAUCAACCAGCUUGAGCUAGACGAUGCCCUGGAUGUCUGGGGUGUCCACGGCAUGGGUGGCUUCAUUGGAGCCAUCCUGCUCGGUGCCCUGGCAGACGGCAGCGAGUGCGCCGACAAGGCCACAGCGCCGGACUUUUGCAUCAAUCCCGGGACCGUAACGGCAUCGAUAUCGCAGAUAGGUAAGCAGACAGCGGCUGUGCUGCUUUGCGCCGCAUACUCUGUGGUCGCCACACUUAUCAUUCUCAAGGGCAUCAGCCUUUGCAUGCCUCUGAAUCCGGAGAGCUUGCAUGUGGACUUGCACGAGCACCAUGAGCAGAAGGCGUAUCACAGCCCAGCUCGUUCUUACCUUGACGAGACCCUCAAGGAGGGCAGCGACGUUUGUUUUCCAUCAAUUGAGCUGGGCCCACCGUGGGUCUCAGACAUCGUUUUCUGCUCCGAAGGGCUGCUGGCAGGAGCAUGUAAACGAAUGCGGCGAUACCGAUUGGCGCGAUUUGCGAAGCUGUUCAGCAACGUAUCAUUUCGAACAUGGGAAUGGGACUCAUUGCUCUUAUGUGCUUCAACAAUGGCGGUGGGAGACAUCGAUGCUGCCAGCACUGUCACGUGCCGGCAGCUAUGGAGUCAAGCCUUCAUGAUGGUGUGCAUGGCGCUGGUGCAGUUCAUGACACCGGGUUUGGCAUUCUUUUAUGGAGGCCUGGUCAAGGACACCAGCGUUCUCACCAUGAUGAUGCAGAGCUUUGUGUCAAUGGGAGUUGCCAGUAUCAUCUGGUUCCUUAUCGGCUAUUCCCUGUGCUUCGGGGAGAGUCUCUACUUCAUUGGGAACCCCUUCACACAUUUUGGCCUCCGGGGACUGAAUGUGAACGAGGCACUCCCGGACAUGGCCAUUCCGGGCCUCCUGUUCGCGGGAUACCAGGGCAUGUUCGCUGUUAUCACACCGGCACUCAUGACCGGUGCAUUUGCUGACCGCUUCCGCUUCAAGCCAUACCUGGCAUUCAUUGCCCUCUGGCUUGUGUGUGUUUAUGCGCCGUGGUGCCACUGGGUGUGGGGCGGAGGAUGGCUGGCGCAGUGGGGUGUGAAGGACUUUGCCGGAGGCAUUGUGGUGCACGUCACUGCGGGAUUCUCCGCACUGGCAAGUCUCAUUGUUGUGGGCAAGCGCCAAGUCUCGGAAGAGGACUUGGAGGACCACGACCGACCUCACAAUGUCCCCUUUGUUGCCCUCGGGACGGCGAUGCUCUGGUUUGGUUGGUUUGGCUUCAACGCUGGAUCAGCAUUGGCAACCGGAUCAGUGGCUGUUGGCGCAGCUGUAAACUCUGAGAUUUCAGCUUCCGUAGCUUUGUUCCUCUGGCUCCUGAUUGACUGGGUUCGCAACGGUCGUCCUGGUUUGGUCGGACUCUGUGUGGGUGCCAUCGCCGGCCUUGCAACCAUCACACCGGCGGCUGGCUUCAUCCAGCCAUGGGGUGCAUUCAUUCUCGGCAUCGUUGCCACCUUCUUCUGCUACGCGUGCUGCGAACUUCGAAAGCGGCUGGGCUUUGACGAUGCUCUCGAUGUCUGGGGCGUCCAUGGUAUGGGUGGCUUUGUGGGCACCGUCAUGCUGGGUGUGCUGGCCGAUCCGGAAGAGUGCGGUGGUCUGGAAGCGGCCCCUAGCUAUUGCGUGAAUCCGGGCCAGGUGACAGCCAGUAUCGAGCAGGUCGGCAAGCAGCUUGCUGCGGCUCUUCUUGCUGCUGUUUACUCUGUACUCGUGACGCUCGUGCUGCUGAAGGCAAUCAAUGUGUGCAUGCCUUUGAAGCCGAUUGGUACAGGAGGACUUGAUCUCACCGAGCACGGUGAGAUGGCAUACCACAGCCCUGUCCGCCAGUACAUUCAAGAACCCAAGAAAGGCAAGAUGGUUCUCUUGCAACCUUAUUCCGGGGGACAGGGUGCCAACAACACCCUUAAAGUUUUGGCGGAUGAAAGAUGCAGCUUGGACGAUGAAUCCCGCAACGAGCCACUGAUUGAUUGGCUGCGGGGCUUUCAUCCGCGAAGCAGCCAGAGGGCUGCCACAAAGUUUCGAGGUCUUGACCUCCUGUGGAGCCUUCUGCAGGUGGGCGAUGCACACAGUUCCUUCAUGUCGACGUUCGAGCUAAUGCCAGCGUGUGGCGAAAAUAAUUUCGACAGGUACAACUUUCCAGAACAAUCUGCUGGAUUCAACGAAGGCAGAAUAGAGACUCAGCAAGAUAAGAGGGAAGUCUUCGAGUUGGCUUUGACAUGCGAGGCCUUCGAAUUGGUUCUCACCGAAGUGAAGGAUGUGGAAGGGCUCCCCGCUAGUGCUCUGGCGGCAGCGGCGCAGUCCUACAAUCAAGCACACAGUGGCAAAUCCGAGAAAGAGAUUCAGGCCCCGGCCGAGGCCACUCCAGAGUCCGGUCCUUGGCGGCUGACGCUGGACAUGCCUUCCUACCUUCCCGCCAUGAAGCACCUGAAGUCCUCCGAGCUGCGUGAGAAGCUCUACCGUGCUUUCAUCUCGCGCGCUUCUUCCGACAAGAUGGACAACGGGCCACUUAUCACCGAGAUCUUGCAACUGCGGAAGAAAGCCUCGGCCAUGCUCGGCUUCGAGAAUUACGCUUCCGAAUCCUUGGCCUCGAAGAUGGCUCCGAACAUCGAGGCGGUGAGCAAGCUGACGGAGGACUUGUUCGCGGUGGCGCGGCCCGCUGCCGAGAAGGAGCUCGACGAGCUGCAGGAAUUCGCCAAUGCGAAAGGUUACGCAGGCAAGUUGCAGCUCUGGGAUGUGACCUUCUGGACGGAGCGUCUGAAAGAGGAGAAGUAUGCCUAUGAUGAAGAGGCCUUGAGGCCGUACUUCUCACUUCCGAAAGUGCUAGAAGGCAUGUUUGGCAUUGCCUCAAAGCUCUUCGCGGUAGACAUCGUUCAAGACGAUGAUGCGGCGGAGCGAUGGCAUCCUGAUGUCAUGUUCUUCAAGGUGCAAGAUGCAAGCACAGGCAACCACAUCGCUUCGUUUUUCCUGGAUCCCUAUGCACGCCCGGGGGAGAAACGCGGAGGAGCCUGGAUGGACGACUGCCUCGGCCGCUCAAAGGCUGUGGGGACAAAGCCAGUUGCAUACCUGACCUGCAAUGGCUCCCCGCCAGUGGGUUCAAAGCCAUCUCUGAUGACGUUCUCCGAGGCUGAGACACUGUUCCAUGAGUUUGGCCACGGUCUCCAGCACAUGCUGACUCAUGUGGAGGAUGGUGACUGCGCUGGCAUCAACAACGUCGAGUGGGAUGCGGUGGAGCUUCCCUCGCAAUUCAUGGAGAAUUGGCUCUACCACAAGCCAACCGUGGAUUCGUUUGCGGUGCACUACGAAACCGGGGAACCGCUUCCUGCAGACAUCUUUGAGAAGAUCAAAGGCAGCCGUAUCUUCAUGGCCGCCUCCAUGAUGCUUCGUCAGCUGCAGUUCGGGGAUCUGGACAUGAAGCUUCAUUCUGAGUACGAUCCAGACGGAACAGAAACCUUCCUGGAUGUACAGCGGCGAUUGGCUGCCAAGUACCAGAUCCUGCCGCCACUAGAGGAAGAUCGGUUCUUGUGCUCCUUUAGCCACAUCUUUGCUGGUGGCUAUGCCGCCGGAUACUACUCGUACAAGUGGGCCGAGGUUCUGUCUGCCGAUGCCUUUGCUGCCUUUGAGGAGGCCGGCCUCGAUGACGAGGAGGCCCUGCGCUCCGUGGGACGCCGCUUUCGAGAGACGGUGCUGGGCUGCGGCGGUGGGAGACAUCCCAGCAAGGACAACACUCUGCAGAGGCCACAGCCAGCCGAGAAGGACGGAGCGACUCAGAUCUGCGUGCACGCCUACGGCCGUUUGGAGGAGGUCACUGUCAAGCCACUGACCUUGCCAGCUCUUCGGCGAGAAGCGCGACAUGCCUUUGAUCUGCCAAAUGCCGAUGUGCUUAUCAAAGGCCCGGACGGCCAGUGCCCAGACUCGGAGGACGCCUUGCGGAACCUCGAGUCAGUUUACUUGGAGCUGCCUGACGGUGGGCUGCACGACCUCGAGCAAAGAAUCGAUCAGCUGCAGCACAUGCAGGUCAGCUACAUAUCCGAAAGACUCGCAACGGUGGCGGAGGAGCUAGUAACGGCACAGGCUUCCAUUGCAGGCUUGACGGAUGCUCUGAUCGAAGAGCAGGCCUUUCGACAAGAGUUCGAACAGGCAGUUCGAGGCGAAAUCAAGCAUGAGAGCGGCGGGCUGGGUGCCCAAGUGAAGAAGUGGCUGGAGACCCUGGAGACGAAGCUCUGCGGCCACUUCGAAGAUGCCCUGCACUCGCUCGAGUCGCGCGUUGUGCAGGAUUUCCAGGACCUGUGGCAGUGGACAAACGAGGAAUGUCGUAAAGCCACCGACGGCCACAAGGAGCUGGAAGAGAAGGUGUCGGCGAUGAAGACGGAGGCGCGGACACCACCAGCAUAUUCAAAGCUUUCAGCCCGCAUCGACGACCUCUGUGAUUCCAUGGUGAAAGAGGUUCAGGAGAGAACCGCCGAAACUCAGCACCUGCGUUCAGAGUUGCUGAAGCGUGACGAGCGCACGGAGUCUCUCCGCGACUUUGGAGAGGAGCUUCAUGCCGCCAUGGCAACACUGCAGCGAGGGCAGCUACAGCAGGACUGCCCAGAUGUCUCGGCCUUCACGGCGCUGAAGCAGGCCUGUGAGGAGCUGCGACACCUCGCAGAAGAGUCCGCAGCCGACUUGGAGCUGAAGUUUGGUGAUAUGUCCCGCCGUUUGGAGGCGGCCAGCAGCGACUUGCGGCAUGGCCUGGCACAGGAAGCCGCCUCCAGGACGGAGGGCGAAGCCUUCGUCGAUCAACGUUUGGCAGGCUUUGAGGCAGCGCUGCGAGGCGAGGCGCAGUGUCGAAGCGAGGCACUGCGGCGAAUUGAGGAUCACAUGCAAGCAGCUGCGGUGACCAAAGAGGCUUGCGUUCCCGACGCUGUCGAGCCUCCAAGCGUGGCUCCGGAGGAGGUUCAGGAGCCGGAGCUCAACCAGCUUUUGGAGGAUCAGUCGAGAAGGAUGGCCGAUGCGGUCGCGGUGGAGACUCGGCGCCGUGAGGAGGCCCUGCAGCAGCUCCGCGAGGACUGCCGAGAAUCCAUCCAGCGUGAAGUGCGCUCCCGGCUUCAGGACCAUGCGAAGCUGCGACAGGAGUUGGAGAUGGAGAGGAAGACGCGCAAGGAAGCUUUCGGAAUGAUCCAGAAGGCAAUGAGCCAUUGCGGCACAGCUUGA